UCUUGCGCUCCAUUUCUUCCUUUCUUUCACGAUUUAUCGCGAUUUUUUUUUUUGGAUUAGGCAGCAAUCAGUUCCCUCUUCCCGGUGUCUCUGAGAAACAGGUGAUCCUGGUUAACAGCGGUCAGUGUUUGGAUGCUGUUUCCUCGCCGGCGUUUGCAGGAUGAUAGGACCGGGCGAGCCUGCAUGAGAGCAUAACUUUACUUUGCAAGAGGAAAAACUUUCUAUUUUGGGGGGAAGGCGUUUUCACCAAAUCCCGUAGCGUCUAAAAGCAGAAGAAGUUGGUUUUAAAGCUGGACUUCUCCACUGGUUUUGGGAUCUGUGCGUGCGUGUCAAUUUCAAAGGCAGCUGCAUUUUUUUUUAAAGAAACGGUGGCCUGUUGGAAUAGACUUCUUAAAUGUUUGGGAUUCAAGAUACUUUAGGAAGAGGACCCAUUCUGAAAGAGAAAUCUCUCGCUUCUGAAAUGGAUUCCGUCAGGUCCUGGGUCAGAAAUGUUGGGGUGGUGGAUGCAAACGUAGCUGCACAAAGCGGAGUAGCUUUGUCCAGAGCCCACUUCGAAAAACAACCACCUUCCAACUUGAGGAAAUCCAAUUUCUUUCAUUUUGUCCUGGCUCUCUACGACAGGCAGGGGCAGCCGGUGGAAAUAGAGAGGACCGCCUUUGUGGACUUCGUAGAAAAUGAUAAAGAACAAGGCAAUGAAAAGACCAAUAACGGCACACACUACAAACUUCAACUCCUUUACAGCAAUGGUGUCAGAACUGAACAGGAUCUGUUUGUUAGGCUCAUCGAUUCAGUCACUAAACAGCCCAUCACUUAUGAAGGACAGAACAAGAAUCCAGAAAUGUGCAGAGUUCUGCUUACUCAUGAAGUCAUGUGCAGCCGGUGCUGUGAAAAGAAAAGUUGCGGCAACAGAAACGAGACUCCCUCGGAUCCUGUGAUCAUCGACAGAUUCUUCUUGAAAUUUUUCCUCAAGUGCAAUCAGAAUUGUUUGAAAACAGCAGGGAACCCCAGAGACAUGAGACGUUUCCAGGUUGUGUUAUCAACAACAGUGAAUGUUGAUGGACAUGUAUUGGCAGUGUCUGACAACAUGUUUGUUCAUAACAACUCUAAACAUGGACGGAGAGCAAGGAGACUUGACCCCUCAGAAGCCACACCAUGCAUCAAAGCUAUUAGCCCAAGUGAAGGCUGGACUACAGGGGGCGCAAUGGUGAUCAUUAUAGGAGACAAUUUCUUCGAUGGGCUACAAGUGGUAUUUGGGACCAUGCUUGUAUGGAGUGAGCUGAUCACACCUCAUGCUAUUCGAGUCCAGACCCCCCCUCGUCACAUUCCUGGUGUAGUCGAAGUCACACUAUCGUAUAAAUCCAAACAGUUCUGCAAAGGAGCCCCGGGCAGGUUUAUUUACACCGCUUUAAAUGAACCCACCAUUGAUUAUGGUUUCCAGAGACUGCAGAAGGUCAUCCCGAGGCAUCCCGGUGACCCAGAGAGACUAGCCAAGGAGAUGCUGUUGAAAAGAGCCGCUGACUUAGUUGAAGCACUGUAUGGAACACCACAUAAUAACCAGGAUAUUAUUCUGAAGCGAGCUGCGGACAUAGCAGAAGCUUUGUACAGUGUCCCAAGGAAUCCUGGCCAGAUCCCUGCUUUGUCUAGUUCUCCAGCUCAUAGCAGCAUGAUGGGAAUCAACUCCUAUGGGAGCCAGUUAGGAGUCAGCAUCUCAGAGUCGACACAGGGGAACAACCAAGGUUACAUUCGUAAUACAAGCAGCAUCUCCCCUCGAGGUUACUCUUCCAGUUCAACACCUCAGCAGUCUAAUUAUAGCACCUCCAGUAAUAGCAUGAACGGCUACAGCAAUGUCCCAAUGUCUAACCUGGGAGUUCCCAGCUCACCUGGAUUCAUUAAUGGCUCUCCAACAGGAUCUCCCUAUGGAAUAAUGUCUUCAAGUCCAACAGUUGGUUCUUCCAGCGCUUCUUCCAUCCUUCCAUUCUCCUCCUCCGUCUUUCCUGCUGUCAAACAGAAGAGUGCCUUUGCCCCUGUCAUCAGACCCCAAGGGUCUCCCUCCCCUGCCUGCUCUAGUGGCAAUGGAAAUGGGUUUAGAGGAUUCCAGGGGCUUGUCUAAUCUGGAAAAACAUGGGGUGAUUUAAAACACUACUUAGGAGCUAGCGUAGACAAAGACAGAGCUGUUUACAAAUGUGUUAGCUGGUCAGGGUGAGAUCCUCAGGGUUGACCACACCCUCCUAGCUAGAGCUGGUCAAAACUUUGCCAUCAAAACCGCUUUCGUGGAAAAUUGGGGUUUUGACAUUUUUCCAAAACAAUGUCUGCUUUCCAGGGAAAAUUUCAGCUUCAUUUUGAAAAACCAAAACACCCUACAAUGUAAAGGUUUUGGCCAUUUUCCCUUUGGAAAUGCCAUCAUAGUGCCUCACGCCCGCCUAUCACUUCUAUGGGCCAGACUCCCCAGCUGAACUACAUCUCCCAGGCUGCCUCAGCUGGCUGGAAGGCUGUGCACACUGUAAUCCAUAACGCUUUCCUACCUUAACCUCUGCAGUCUAAUGCCUGUUACAGAGCGGCAGCUGGUGUAACUCAUUGGUGUUCUGUGUGGUCCCCUUCUUCUAGCCUUAUCACUUGAUUAGUUACACAAGGCAGCCUGCAGCAAUUAAAGGAGGGAGAAAAUUUAAUUGGCACAAUUGUUUUUAUAAAAAAGCAAAAACAAAUAAACCCACAUUUCAAUUUAAUACAAACAUCUUCAUGGUUGUAACACUGAGACUUUAACUUAGCAUUCGCCAUCCAUCAUCCCAUCUGUAUUCCUGGCAGCCAUAGCAAGCUCUCUGUUUUUAAUUCUGAAACCCAUUAGUGAGGCCACAGCUGAUCAAGUACAGGCGUUCUGGGCAACAUUCAGCCAUGGAGGCCCUCUGGAGUAGAGUCUGGACUCUGCCAAUAUAUAGAGA